CAGGCUCAGAAAAAUAGCAAUUUCCUGAACCACGUCUCCAAUGUCCAAGUUGCUGACAAUGAAAUUCAACAAGGUGCAGCCGAGAGGAGGGGACGAUGAAAAUAAACAAGUCCCCAGUCCCCGCAGCUCGCCUCUGCGGCCCAGGACUCAGGGAGAAAGCAAAAGUGAAAGGACGUCUCUCAAAGCCACGCUGACUUCCAUCCCAUCUGAAGAGGCCCAUCUCAGAGCCCCAGAUAACACCUCCAGGGAGAACUUGCUCAGGGAUCAGACCCCGAACCCUCGAUCACCACACGCAGCAGAAUCGCCCCGAAGCAUGGCAGAGCAGAAGGGCACGGGGGCUGAGCAGGGAGGCCUGGUCAGUCCAAAAAGCAAACCACCUGGAGCCCCUCCUGUAAGUGAGUGUGCGACAGCCCAGCUGCGAGGCCUGGUGAGAAGGCUGUGGCCCAGGACCACCCUCUGCGGGAGGCGGCUGGCAGAGGGAGGCCUGUCCUCUGAGGCCAGCCCCCUAGCCGCCCAGCCCACAGCGGUGCGGUGCGCGCAGGGCCAUCGCGGCCCCACGCCGCAGGAGCGAGUCCGGCUCCCCAGCAGCAUCGGCUCCUGCACAGGUGCCUCCUCCCGGGGCCCGCCCCAGCAGGAGCCCCGGGCCGGCCAGAUGGAUCCCCAUGAGCUAGCCAGGCACUACAGGAGCUCUACAAAAUUUCAGCUGGACGUGGCAUCAGUGAUCCCAUUGGAUGUGCUCGGCCUCUUCUUUGGCUUUAAUCCAAUAUUCAGGAUAAACAGGAUAUUGAAGUACAGGUCAUUCUUUGAGUUUAAUCAUCACCUGGAAUCAAUUAUGAACAGAGCUUAUAUCUACAGGGUCGCUCGGACGGCGGGCUGCUUGCUGUUUGCUCUGCACGUGAAUGCCUGCAUCUACUACUGGGCUUCUGACCACCAAGGCUUCGGAUCCACCAGAUGGGUGUACAAUGGUGAAGGAAACAUGUAUCUGAGAUGUUAUUACUGGGCAGUCCGAAGUUUGAUUACCAUUGGGGGUCUUCCAGAACCACAAACUUUAUUCGAAAUUGUGUUUCAGCUGCUGAACUUUUUCCUGGGAGUUUUCGUGGUCUCCAGCUUGAUUGGUCAGAUGCGCGAUGUCAUCGGAGCCGCCACGGCCGCGCAGAACAACUUCCGGGCCAGCCUGGAUCGCACUGUCACCUACAUGCACUCCUACGCCAUCCCCAGGCGAGUGCAGGCCCGCGUCCGGGCCUGGUAUGAGUACACGUGGGACGCGCAGAGGAUGCUGGACGAGUCAGACCUGCUCGAGGCCCUGCCCGCCGCCAUGCAGUCAGCCCUCACCAUGGACAUGAACUUCAGCGUCCUCAGCAACAUCGACCUGUUCAAGGGCUGUGACACCCAGAUGCUUCAUGACCUGCUGCUCAGGUUGAGGUCCACCGUCUGCUUACCUGGGGACUUUGUCUGCAGAAAGGGAGAAAUCGGCAAGGAAAUGUACAUCGUGAAGCAGGGGGAAGUCCGGGUUCUUGGAGGCGCCCAUGAAGCUCAAGUUCUGGUCACUCUGAAAGCUGGGACAGUGUUCGGAGAAAUCAGCCUCCUGGCAGCGACAGGAAGCCGCCGGACCGCCAGCGUGGUAGCCCACGGCUUCGUGCACCUUCUCACCCUGGACAGGAAGGCCCUUCAGGAAACCCUGGUGCAUUACCCGGACUCAGAAAAACUCCUCGUGGAGAAAGCCAGGUGGAGCUGCUCGGCCGCGACCUCUCCCACGCAAGGACUUGCCUUCCUCUUCCCACCGAGACCAGAGACACCCAAGCCCUGUGGACUCUCGGAGAGCGAACCACGCAGGAAAACAGCAAGUCCUCCGCAGGAGGAGAGGGCAGAGGACGAGGGUGUGAAGAUGCAGGAAGAGCUGUGGAGGGACCACCGGGCAGGUCCGGAUGCAGAGCAAGCACUGUCCCCGCAGAGGACAGGCUCCGUUGGUCAGAAGGACAGCGUCACCUAGCUGAGCCUCCUGCCUCUCCCACACCAUCCCCACAGCUCCUGCCAGGGCGAGGAGGAGGUGCUGACCAUGG